AUGAAGCUAAAAAGUUGCUCUUUUUUCUGUUAUAUAUUGAUCCUGCAGGUGGGUGGAGUCGAGAAAGUAUUCAAGCAAAAAUUCAACGUAACAGAUGACGAGAAGCUGUUGAAGGCUUCCCAAUGCUAUCUAUCAACAACAGCAGGGCCAAUAGCAGGACUCCUCUUUGUUUCCACUGAGAGAGUCUCCUUCUGCAGCGAGAGAUCCAUCAGAAUCUCGUCUCCGAAUGGAAAGCAGCUAAAAGCACAUUACAAGGUCAUGAUUCCUCUAAGGAAACUAAAGAGAGCCCACGAAAGUGAGAAUGCGAAGAAACCAGCAGAGAAAUACGUGCAUCUGGUAACAGGGGACAAUUUCGAUUUCUGGUUCAUGGGAUUUCUGAACCAUCAAAGAACAUUAAAGUAUCUGCAACAAGCAAUCCAUCAAGCAAGAUGAGAGUUGAGACACAUGGAUUCUUCAUUUUAUAGCAUAUGAUCUUCUUGCUUUUAACCUAGCUAGUACUAUUUGUUACUUCUUCUUUCCAUUCCUCGUCUUAGGAUGUGUAGAUGUUAAUCAGAGGUAUACUCUCUAUCCUGUACAAUUUUGUAAAAAGAUUCAAUCUAGUAGCGGUGAUCAAAUUCA